AUGGAUCCAAGACAGCCGCCACAGCUGCCCUUCUCGCGCAACGCUGCUUCGCAGUACAGCCGCUCACCAUUUCCUCCAUCGUCGAACACGACCGCGACAUCGACACCGAACCAGUCGCCAUUCCCACCCGUCUCCCAUCCGCCUGCGAAUAAUCCUCCAUAUGCCGAGCAUCAGCGACGCUCCUCAGAAAAUCCAUACUACGCAUUGGGCCCAAGAUCCUUCCCGCAAGAGCCAAAUUCGGGACCUCCUCCUCCUUCAGGCCACUCUCGACACCCGAGUGCAUCCUCAUUACCUGGUGGUCCGCCGAUGAAUCGUAAUAUGCCUCCUCCGGGCUCUCCUCCCCAGCCUGGGAAUCCACCUCCUCCGGGAUCGCAUCAGAUGGGGCACUAUGGCCUGCCUGUGCCAAGAGCUCCGCCUUUGAACGUUGGUCAUCCGACUUCAUUCCCAGGCGGCCGCGAGCUACCUUCGCUACACUCAAUACAAAGAACGGGGAGCACCGGCAGUUCAAUGUCAAUAUCCUCAAUGCUGGGUGGCCCUCCCGCAGCGCAAAGAGACUCACAGCCGCCGCCAUCGCAUUUUCCUGCGCCGGCGACUUCGGCGCCUUCUGGACCGACGUUCGCGCCGACGAUGCAGGUUUCUCCGAGAAUGCACUCUGCUUCCUCCGACUAUCAGCCUUUCAGAAGACCCCAGACACCUGACCAUCAGCGCCCGUAUGAUCCGAGAGGUAGCGCCGCUGCAUCGCCUCAGGGUGCGUAUUCGACCACGCCCGAGAUGCAGCGGUACGGCACACCCCAGCAGGGUUACCACCAGCGCGGCCUUUCAGCUCAGGAUGGUAGAGAGUCGAGCCGAAUGCCUCAAGGCCCUCCGCCGAGGCCCACGAGCCAGCCAAAGUCCUUUCAAAACAUGCCGCCAAGGCCUGCUGAGAUGGGUCGGAAUAACGGACCGGAGGAGAUGUAUCCGAGGCGGGAGGAGAUAUCUAGAGGCUCGAUGGAGUACAAUCCAGAGCGACCUGGUCUGAAGCCCAUGACCUUUGAUGACCGUUACCGCGCAGAAAGGGAUCGACGGGACGAGAUUGAGUUUAGGGAAAGAGAGCGCAGAGACAGAGCAUAUUCGGGAGGCGACGGUGGUCGAGGACCUCCCGUACACCAGGGCGAAUACCGGCCUCAGGAAGUUCAAAGAGGGCAGCCCCCACCGUUCAGUCGCCCGCCGGAGCAGCAGCAGCGUGAGCAAGGCCCUUGGCCACCAAGACAGCAGCCGCCUUUUGAUCAGUCCAGGCCCGGUCAGCCGCACCUGCAGCUGCAACAACCACAGCAGCAGCAGCAGCCUUUUGAC